UACAACUCUAAGUAAUAACUUAAACUUAGACCUGAUCAUGCCUGAAGGACCGGUCUCUGUUGCUAAAGUUGUAAGUUCAACAUUGAAAAAGAUCCGUUACGGAGGGAAGACUAAACCAGAAAAAACGGAUAUGGAACCCCGAAAUGUGAUCAAGAGACAGGAGAUAGAACUGCAAAGAUGCUGGGAGGGCAAGCUUGUCUUCCUCCUUCAUAAUGUGUUCACCAAAAAGGAAUGCUUACAAAUGAUAAAAGAAUCAGAAAAGCGAGGAUUUACCCCAGCUAUGAUUCACACUGCUGAUGGAAAGGAAAUUAAAAUGACAGACACAAGAAACAACUACCAUAACUUUUUGGACUCGGAAGAGGAGAUGGAGAUAAUUCACAACAGACUGAGACCAUUCAUCCCUAGCCUCUGGAGAAAUCACAAGAUCGUGGGCCUUAACGAAAGGCUUCGGGUACAGCGUUAUGACUCUGGGGAAUACUUCAAGCCUCACUUUGAUGCAAGCUAUCGGCGGGAAAACGGAGAGAAAAGCUUCCUCAGCGUGCAGAUUUAUCUGAAUGAUGAUUUUGUGGGAGGAAACACUACUUUCUUAGACCUUGCAGAAUCGGAGAGAACUGAAGUUGAGCCCAAAACAGGUUCAGUUCUGAUCUACCAACACGACAUCUUACACGAAGACUCAGCAGUUCUUUCUGGUAGAAAGUACGCCCUCAGAACAGAUGUCAUGUACUCCGCUGAAAAGGUGGAGGACGAAAAAGAACUCAGACGACUCAAGAAAAAUGACAAGGGCAAAUUCGGAAUGUUCAUGUAAAUGUCGAAGUUAUUACUUUCACUACGCAGAAAUGCCUUAUAUUUACAUAGUGUCCUUUUUUAAAGACUGUCAUUGUGUUUUAUGUUAUUCCAAGCUUCGCUUCUGUGUACCUUUAGCCUGGAUAGUAAACACGAGAGUCUAUCCAGCGAUAUAGUGUACAUUAUUCAACUGCGCUGUAGUUAUAUGUAUGAAAGUGCUCAAUCAAUUUUUUCCCAAUUUUUUGUGAUAUAAUAAGAAUUCCCAUAUUGCAUUCAUGAACUUCAUAUUUAUUCAAUAUUUUAGAAACAUGUACAUGCACUUGUAUUUUACUUCGUAGACAAUAGAAAUU